AUGAAAUUAAUAAGGCGACGGCUGGUACUGGGGGCUCUGCUAGGCACAGUUUUCUUGGGACUGCUGGUAUUGCUGGUGGGUCAGCUUCUAGAAUCCUGGACAUCUUCAACGAAUCUGAGGCCUCCAUCCCCAAAGAUCUCUUUGAGGAAGUUUGAGUGGCAGGCUUGGACACCACACCCUUUGGAUCUGAAUUAUCCUUAUCCCUAUCCCUUCUUGAUCAACCAUCCUGACAAGUGUAAGGGUCCUAGAGGAGCCCCUUUCCUGCUCAUGUUAGUGAUGACCCAGCCCCAUGAGGUAGGGGUGCGACAAGUCAUCAGACAAACAUGGGGCAAUGAGACCUUGAUUCCUGGUGUGGUCAUCUGCCGCCUCUUUGUUCUUGGUCUUCCCCGACCCAUCUUUGCUCAAGAAAUUCAGGUUCUCCUAGAAGAGGAGGACAGGGAGUAUGGGGAUCUCCUCCAGGUAGGCUUCCUGGAUACAUAUCGCAACUUGACUCUCAAGGUCCUCAUGGGGCUGGAGUGGAUGGCCCAUUACUGCCCCACUGCCCGCUAUGUACUCAAGGUGGAUAAUGAUGUCUUCUUAAACCCUAGCUUCCUGGUACAUCAGUUGCUACACCCCAAUCAACCCCCUCAGCCAAACUUUAUCACAGGUCACAUCUAUACUGACUCAGAGCCCCAGCGGAGCCUGGAAGACAAGUGGUACAUGCCCCCUGAGCUGUACCCCCAAGAAAAGUAUCCUGUAUACUGUGGGGGCCCAGGCUAUGUGCUGUCUGUCUCUCUGGCCCUUCGGGUUCUGACUGUAGCCCAGAGACUCAAGGCCAUCUACUUGGAGGAUGUGUUUAUUGGAUUGUGCAUCCAGGAGCUAGGAGUACAACCGACACCUGCUCCGCCUGAUACCUUCUUGAUAGUCCGGCAGGAAUAUGAACACUGUGCCUUCCAUCAACUUGCCCUGGUUCACCAGUAUAAGCCACAGGAACUGCUGCAGUUAUGGCCAGACUUCCAGGCAGUCAAUGACACUUGUCCCCAGGAAUGAGUGGUUGACACAUACUCCCUUUCACCUCACCCUGGUCAGACACAGACAAUAGUCACUGACCCGGUUCUUGGAAAUUUUCUGGGCUUUGCCAUGUGGGACAUGUAAUCCCCUGGCUUUGAGUACCAAUUCAGACCCUUCCCCCAGUCAUGCCUACUUGACCUACUCUUCAGCAUUCCCAGAACCUAAUUGAUGGGGACGCCCAGAGUGGGACUUUGGGAUAUCACAACACCCUCAGUGAGUACCCCAGACAAGGUGAUCCAAGUGCAAGGUAUUCUCUGUGUCUAUAUCCACAGCUUACCAGGACUAUAGCUUUAAAUCCUCUCCAAUUAUCUCAUUCAGUUGAAGGAAACAAUUCCAAGCAACGGCAUUUAAUAAAACAAUAGUAAGAAAAUUGGUCAUAAAAUAUUUCCCCCCAAAACUUGAAACUCAUUUAAGGAAGAAGUGUGGAGAAGCAGUUCGUAUAGGGAACAUGAGUGGAAGGGCAAUUCAUCCCUCUAAUGUCAUGGGACAAAUGAUGUCUCUGAUGAUGUCAUCCCACUGCUUCUAUUGGGUCUGCUCCAUGCUGGGCAUCUAUGGGUUCUGUUGUGUGCUGCUUGCUCUUGGCUAGUCAAAUGAUUACUUUGGAUAUAGUUCUCCUAGUCCAAAAGUCCCAGCUUGCUGCUGGUUGGCAUGAUUCCAUUGGGCAUGAGAUUGUGGAGCUUUUGGCCUUAUCUGAAAUUCUCAGCUUGAAUGCUAUCUUUGUUUAUAAGGGGA